AUGAAGUUAUUUGCUACUAGCAUUACUGCUGCAGCUGCAGCAUUGAUGUUUACAUCCACGUUCUUGGUAAGCCCUUCUGAUGCCUUGUCCCUUACGGUUCGCAAUGAUGUUCCUGGCAAUGCCACGUCUCCUAUUCAUUAUGGCUUGAUGUACGAAGACAUCAACAGAUGCGGCGACUCAGGAAUCUACGGUCAAAUGCUUCGCAAUUGGAAUUUCCAGGCUGACGACGCAGGUGCCGAGCCCUCUGUCGAAUUCUGGAGUGCUGUUGGUGACGGUGCUACCAUAGAGAUUGAUGCUGACAAUGGUCUUAAUGAUAUCAACAGCAACUCGCUUCGCCUGGAGGUCUCCGAGUCUUCAACAGGUAGAGCCGGUGUUUCCAAUGAAGGAUGGUGGGGCGUGCGCGUCCAACCCGGUGAAACCUACCAAGCCUCCUUUUUUGCAAAAGCCGAUGGAUAUACCGGGAACUUGAAUGUGACGCUCGAAUCCACUGAUGGAACCGUGCUGGCUUCGGCUUCCACCUCCGAGUCCGUGUCGAACGAGUUCCAGAAGUUUGAAGUUACUCUCGACUCAGCUGACGUCUCUGAUGUGUCUAUCGAUAACUCGUUUGUCGUGUCGGUGGACUCGGCGCAGGCCGCCGGUGCCUCCAUCUAUUUCCAAGUCUUCACGCUUUUUGGUGAGACAUUCGAAGGUCGUGAGAAUGGUCUGCGUAAGGACUUGGCAGAUUCAAUGAAGGCCUUGAAUCCAAAGUUUUUCCGAUUCCCUGGUGGAAAUAACUUGGAAGGUCAAUACAUCGACCAACGUUGGAAGUGGAACGAGACUGUUGGCCCACUGGAGGAGCGCAUUGGCCGCAUGGGUGACUGGAGUUACUGGAACACCAACGGACAGGGUCUUCUUGAUUACAUGUACAUGUGUGAAGACUUUGAAAUGGAGCCAAUUGUUGAUGUUUACGCGGGCUACUCGCUUCAAGGGGAUAGUGUUCCCGAAGAUGAAUUAGGUCCAUUUGUUCAAGAGGCGUUAAACGAGCUUGAAUACUUGACUGGUUCGACGGAAACAACGUAUGGUGCCCUCCGUGCCUCGCACGGUCGUGAAGAGCCAUUCCAGGUUAAUUACAUCCAAAUUGGUAAUGAAGACUGGUUCAGCGACACUUACGAUUAUCGCUACCGCGCAUACUAUGAUGCCAUCAGCGAGAAAUAUCCUGAUGCCAAGAUCAUUGCUACUGCCGAUCAAGAAUCCAGACCAUGGGAUAUCUUUGAUGAUCAUUACUACUACAACAUUACAGAAAUGAUCGAUGUCUUUUCCAAGUAUGACAAUUACGACAGAAAUGGAACAUAUAUUUUCAUCGGUGAAUAUGGUACCCAUAUUAAUGGUUGCUGUGACGGAUCACCUACCAAUUUGGAAGCGGGUAUUGGUGAUGCCAUUUUCCUUACGGGUAUGGAACGCAACGCAGAUAUUGUUAUCAUGGUUGCUUAUGCGCCACUGCUGAAGCGUGAAGGUCAAGAGCAGUGGAAUCCAGAUAUGAUCCAUUUCGAUACCGAGAAGGCUUGGUUCACUCCCUCUUACUACGUUUUCCAAGAAUGGAGCAAGAGCCACGCUGAUACGAUCCUUCAAGUUGACCAUACAGAUGGUGAGUUUGGCCCCUUGUACUGGGUGGCCGGAUCAAACAAGGAAAAGAACCAAGUCUACAUCAAGGUCGCCAACAUUGGCGAUACCGAGCAAAGCGUCAAAAUAAACCUCCAGAGUUUGGCAGUAAACACCGAAGGCACUGCACGUAUUAUUACCGGAGACAGCCCUGAUCUUGAAAAUACCAAGGAGUCGACCGUGGUUAAGACUGAGGAAUCUACGUUCACCUUGAACAGCGAGAGCGAUUUUGAGUACACAUUUGCUGCUUUAUCAGCUACAGUCCUCAUCCUUGAUAUCCAGCAAUAACGACUUUUUAAAUAUAAGGACUUAAUUGAUUAUAUACAAGUACCUUCAACCGAAAUAAAGAAUG